AUGGCAACUUACAAUUUUGAUUUAGGAAUCUUUAAUGGAAAGGAGGACUUUUCAAUAUGGCAACAAAAGAUGAGAGAGAUUGUGUCAGAAACCUAUAAGGUUAUAAUUCUGCUUAAUUCCAUUCCUGGCACUUAUAAAGAAGUUAAAAAUGCGAUCAAGUAUGAUAGGGACACUUUGACACCUGAAAUUAUCAUAAACUCUCUCAAAAGUUUCCAUAGUAGUGACGAGUUAGUAUAUGGAAGUAAAAAGAAAGGCAAUGAUAGUUCUAGUUCAAAAUUUAGAACUAAGGUAAGAAAAUGCUAUGACUGUAGAAAUACAAGAUAUUUUAUAAAAGAUUUCUAUAAGGAAAAGGGUAAGUUGAAGGGAAAAGAGAUAGAUGAAGUGAAUGUAUUCUCUUCUGCUUCCAAUGUUGAUAAGGGUAAAGUGUAUAUUAUUACAAGUCCUAUUACUUAUCCUGCUAAAUUGAAUCUAACUAUCAAUUCUCGUUUGCAUGAGUUGAUACUCGAGUCCGAUGCAUCUUUUCAUGUAACAUCACAAAAGGAUUGGUUUGAAAACUUGCAUGAAUCAAUGAUAGACAUGUUGUACUGUGUUACAGGUCUUAAACUCCUUAACGAAAAGGGUGUUUUUGGUAAUGAUUAUGUGUCAGAUUUGUCUUUCUGUGAUCACUGUGUGCUUGAUUUGUGGGGUCUUGCUAGUAAUCCCACUUCAGGUGGAAAUAUGUAUUUCUUGUCUAUUAUCAAUGAUUACACGAGUAAAGUAUGGGUCUAUCUUUUAAAAGAUAAGUAUGAUACUUUUCCUAUUUUUAAUAAUUGGAAAAGACAAAUAGAAAACCAAACUGGCAAGAUGAUCAAAUAUUUGAGAACAGUGCGUUGCAUGAUAUUAAGUUCUGAUAUCCCAAAGUCUUUUUGGGGUGAAUUUGUUAUGCCUGCUCGUUAUUUAAUUAAUUUGACUUCAUCUACUGCAUUGAACGGUGAUACUCCUUAUGAAAAAUGGCCUGGUAAACUAAGUGAUUACUAUUUGCUUAAAACUUUUGGUUGUGUUACUUUUUCCCAUCAAAGUGAGGGAAAACUUAAAUCUAAAGCUAAAAAAUGUGUUUUUCUAGGUUAUCCAGAGGGUGUUAAGGAUUAUAGGUUAUGGGAUAGAACCUAA